AAUGGCGUGUUGAAGUGGACAGGCUCAUGGCAGGGCAGGUUUGCUCCCAGUCUGUUCUCUCUGAUAAGACGUGUUUGUUUACCUUCUCACUCUACCACUUGACUCUGUAACAGUCCCAUAUUUCCUGGUGUCCAUUCCAUUCACUCCAUCGCUGCGAGACAAUGAAGGAUACACACACCCUGCUCAAUCUGCUGCUGCUGCUAGUGUACCUAGCAGGAUCAGCUUUGACCACUGAUGGAGGGAGUGGCAGUAUCAAUGGUCCCUUGGAACUGACCAUAGUGGGACCUGAUUUUGUUAAAGUGGGCGUGCCACGCAGUUUUGACUGUGCCGCCCAGUGCUCUCCAUCCUGCAGCUACAGAAUGAGUAUCUACGGACAGAUUUGGCAGGGCAACAAGCUGUUGUUCACAGCUCGCCAAUGGGAGGAGUCCCUAAACCUUACAUGCACUGCAAGGAAUGAUGACUCUGGGAGGUCCUCGACAGUAUCAAAGAUACUCCAGGUUUUAGCUGGACCAACCAACAUAUCGAUCACAGGCCCUGCCCUGAUGACCCCAGGGGCCCCAAAAAGCUUCCAGUGUUACGCCGACUGCCGUCAGUCCUGCAACUACACCUGGGGGAUAAAUGGCCGAUGGCGCGGGGGACAGGGGAUCGAGAUUACCGUAACUCCCGAAGAAUUGGCCACCUCUGUUACCCUGAACUGCAAGGCCAUCAACAGUGUGUCUGGGCUCUAUGACAUGGCAACAAGGACAAUACCUGUGACAUGUAGGUUUUGGGGAGAUUUAGAGCUUCCUCUAACAAUUGUAGUUUCCCUCUUGUUUGCUAGUGUAAUGCAGUUGUCCAGCUCCACAUCCAGGGCCGGAUUAAGAAAUCAUAGGCCCUGGGGCUUUGUUUUAAUAGGCCCCUGGUGGGAUUUUUUGGGGGGUCCUCUCGAACCACAUAGAUGCUUGGGCCCAGGGGCUUCGGCCCAGGUAAGCCCCUGCAUUAUUUCGGUAGGCCGACAUUAGCUGAUUAUGCACUGUAUUUUUCAGAUGGACCCUUGGAACUAACCAUUGUGGGACCUGACUUUGUGACUGUGGGCGUGCCAUGCAGUUUUGACUGUGCCGCCCAGUGCUCUCCCUCCUGUAGCUCCCUCCUGUAGCUACAGAAUGAGUAUCGACGGGCAGAUUGGGCAAGGCAACGAGCUGUUCUUCACAGCUCGCCAAUGGGAAGAGUCCCUAAACCUCACAUGCACCGCAAGGAAUGAUGACUCUGGGAGGUCCUCUAGUAUCUAAGAUACUGCAGGUUUUAGGUGGGUGGGGGGUUUGUUGGUUUGUUUUUAUGACGCUUAACCUGAAGUUAGUGGUGCAUGGUCUUUAUGGUUUUUGGAAUGGAGUGAUAAUUCAAUGCCUUAUAUGGACAUUAUGUCUGGAUUACUGGAUUAGUGUCACAAAGUGCUUAUACCGAAAUCCAACCUUAAACACCAAACAACAAGCAAUGCAGAUGUAGAAGUACGGUGGCUAGGAAAAACUCCCUCGAAAGGCCGGAACCUAGGAAGAAACCUAGGGAGGAACCAGGCUCUAAGGGGCGGCCAGUCCUCUUCUGGCUGUGCCGGGUAGAGAUUAUAAGAUUACAUGGCCAUUAAGGCUAGAUUGUUCUUCAAGAUGUUCGUUCAUAGAUCACCAGCAAGUUAAUAAUCACAGUGGUCGUGGAGGGUGUAGCAGGUCAGCACCUCAGGAGUAAAUGUCAGUUGGCUUUUUGGUGUUCCUUUUGUAAUGUAUUUUUUUUGUGUGUGUUACAGAUGAUGGAAAAUCCAUGGCCACACAGGCUGAACAGACUAGACCUGCUUCUGUUCACAUUCACACUCUCACUCUACACCGUAAUAUCAACAUAAUCCAGGAAAAGGUGGUUUUAUACAAGGAAGUGAUCUGUUCUCCACAUGCAUAUCUGACUAAUUUGAAAACAUGUCAUCAUUAUUACAGACAGUGAUGGAACAUGUGGUUUAUUGGUAAAGAACAAAGAACAAACAGUGCCUCUCAUAUCAGGAUGUUAACGAUAUUUGCUGAUGAUAAGUGAAGUGGAAAGGCUUGGCUGAAUCUUUCACUAUCAAAGCACUACGUGUGUUUGUGCAAGUAUCAUCACGUGUAUAGCAUAUUUGGAUUAAAUAUUUAAUAAAGACACAUAUACAUUAA